UAUCACAAGAACUUUGUCCAACUGUAACAGACAUACCCUGUAAUCAGGAAGACAGUUCGGACGUGCCUAAACGGGAUAAUUCUCGGGCAUCACAGAAUGAUUUGUUGGCCAUUCAGAAAGGCCAACAGGAGCAAAUUGCAUUAAUGCAAGAGAUGAUGCAAAAUUUUGCGCAUUUGAAGUCAGACGUUGAUCGACUUCGCAAACAAAUGCAAGAACCAUGCGAUGAGAGUGAAGACGAGUCUUCCUCAAUGCCAACGCCUGAUGUCGCUGACCAGGCCAGCUGCAGCCAGCCAGUUACGGCGGCUGGUUUAUUUGAGGACAUUGCCGCGGCUUUGUCAUAGAGCGGACCCGUAUGACGUCACACGCACUUGUCGCCGCCAUCUUGGUAGACAAACAGAACGUAGCGAUAAAAGGUCAAAGUGCAUGUUUAUGAAAAGAAUUACCGAUAAUUGAUAGUUAAUGUGAAAAUAUUGACAUGCCUUCUUUUUGUGCAGUGUUUGGGUGUUCUAAUAGACACGACAGGGAAAAUGACAGAUCUUAUUAUCGGUUGCCUAAGGUUAUAACAUAUCAGGGAGAACAAACCAAAAAGUUGUCACAGGAUCGUAGAGAGAAAUGGCUGUCAAAUAUAGCGCGAGAUGACCUUAAACCUUCAAGCUAUGACAACCUGCGAAUAUGCUCGGAUCACUUUAUCAAAAAACCGGCAGACCUCUAUAACCAACUUAAUCCUGACUGGGCUUCAACUGUUAAGAUGGGCCACAUUCGUACAUUCAUGUCCCCAUCCCCAUCCAAAUCUAGAUACAACCGCUCACUUAACCGGUCGGUAAGGAAACAGCACACUGCCGCAGCAAUGAGUCUACUGGAACUGCGAUGUUCUACCCCAGAACUGGAAUCAGAAGAUGUUGAUGUUGGUGUGAUGUAGUCAGGGACUUCAACACAAACAGACAUUGACAAAAAUCUGCUUACUGCCAUAGAGAGUGAGCUUCAGGUACUACAGAAGGAAAACCGUGAAAUGAAAGCCAUAUUAGAAGAGAAGAAACUUGAUGAAUCAUUCUUUCGGAAUGAUAGUGCAAAGGUUAAAUACUAUACAGGCCUACCAGACUUUACAGUUCUACAAGCAUUGUACUAUUAUGUAGAGCCAGACAUUACACUAACCCACAAAAGUGCACUGAACAAAUUUCAAAAGCUUAUAAUAGUGUUGAUGAAACUGCGUCUGAACACUUCACACCUUGAUCUUGCAAUUCGGUUUGGUGUAUCAGACUCAACUGUGUCAAGAGUCUUUCAAUCAGUGAUUGACGUCCUGAGUGUUGCCCUUCGACCAUUGAUACACUGGCCGGACAGGGAGUCAUUGAAAAAAACAAUGCCAAUGAGCUUCAGAAUUCACUUCGGAACCAAAGUGUCUGUGAUAAUUGACUGCUUUGAAGUGUUCAUGGAAAGGCCUUCAAAUCUAAAAGCACGUGCAGAGACCUGGUCAAAUUAUAAACACAGCCACACUGCUAAGUACUUAAUAGGCAUAGCGCCUCAGGGUGUCAUUUCCUUUAUUUCAAAUGGUUAUGGCGACAGAGCAAGUGACAAAACCAUCACUGAAAACUCUGGAAUACUCGACAAACUUGUUCCCGGAGACCUCAUUUUGGCUGACAGGGGCUUUGACAUCCAGGAAAGUGUGGGAACGAUGUGUGCCCAAGUGUACAUUCCGGCAUUUACUAAAGGUAAAGCCCAACUUGGUGCCUUGGAUGUGGAGAAGACACGGAGGAUUGCGAACAGUCGGAUCCAUGUCGAAAGAGUUAUUGGACUUGUUCACCAAAAGUACCAGAUCCUGUCUUCUAAAUUACCCCACGACUACCUCCAGACAGAUGAAGACAAGACACUUGCACUGGAUAAAAUAGUUCAUGUCUGUUGUGCACUCACCAAUAUGUGUAACUCUGUUGUAUCAUUCAACUAAUGUCUUACUGCCAGCGCAUUGAAAUCAUGACUUUUGUCACUUCCAUUGUGGUUGCAAACCUAAGGUUUUUCAUGCUUUAAUGUUGCUUUAAAUAAUGUAUGACAAUGUGCUGCAUAGGUAAUCAAAUUAUUUAUAUAUGUCUGAUGAUGUUCUA